AUGAGCUCAGCAUGGCUUACUCGAAGCCGUGUACAUGCCAUCAGGCCUGCUUGGGGCGGCCGGAACUUAGCAUACUCACAGAGUGUAAGCUCGCGGGAUGGCCCUACACCACGAGUUGCCAUCGUUGGAUCCGGUCCGGCAGGCUUCUACACUGCCCGCAAACUGAUGCGAGAAAUUCACGGGACCAAGAUCGAUAUGUACGAGCAAUUACCUGUUCCUUUUGGUCUUGUGAGAUUCGGUGUAGCACCAGAUCAUCCGGAAGUAAAAAAGUGCCAGGAAGAGUUCGAGCAGGUCGCGUCUUCACCCGAGUUUAACUUCGUCGGCAAUAUCCAGCUAGGCCAUGAUCUUCCUCUACCUAUACUUGCAAAACAUUAUGAUGCGGUUGUGUUUGCCUACGGCGCUUCUAAGGACAAAGAGCUAGGACUGGAAGGAGAGGAUAAGCCAAAUGUCUACUCAGCACGAUCCUUCGUCGGCUGGUACAAUGGCCUUCCAGAAUAUCGCAAUCUCGAUCCUGAUCUGAGCACAGGUGAGGUUGCAACUGUAAUUGGUCAAGGCAACGUUGCUCUAGACGUCGCACGUAUUCUGUUGAGCAAAUUGGAUAAACUCAAGAAGACGGACUUGACAGAGUACGCUGUUGAUACCCUUGAGAAGAGCAAAAUUAAGCACGUCCAUGUCGUGGGCAGAAGAGGUCCAAUGCAAGCAGCUUUCACAAUCAAAGAAGUUAGGGAGCUGCUACAGCUUGAAGGCGUCAACUUUCAGUCGAUCCCGCCUGAGCUCUUUCCACCAGAUUUGAAAAAGCUUGAACGCCCCAAACGUCGUCUGAUGGAGCUGCUGCAGAAGGGCAAGCCCAAUGACCCCAACGCUACCAGAUCCUGGUCGUUGCAAUUCCUAUUGUCGCCAAACGCUUUGAUCAGAGACAAGAAUAACCCCGAUGUUCUCAAAGGUGUAAGCUAUUCUGAAAACGUGCUUGAAGAUAUAUCCGAUCCAGCCUCAAGAGUUAGUGCGAAAGGCAAGGACAAAAACGUGACCCUCGAAACAUCACUCCUCUUCCGGUCCAUUGGCUACCGCGCUGAAGCAAUCCCUGGCAUGGAGCUAGUAGGUGCAAACUUCAACACGAGAAGCGGCAUUUUACAUCACGAUGGUGUUGGACGCAUUCUACCUAUUGACGUACCUGAGCAUAAAAACGAGGCCCCAACCACAAACACGAAUAUUACCCAGCAACCGCAAGCAGUAGCGCCCGCGAAAGCACAUCUCUACUGCGCUGGUUGGGUGAAACGAGGUCCUACUGGCGUAAUAGCCAGCACCAUGAGCGAUGCCUUUCAGACCGCUGAAGCCAUUGUUCAGGACUGGCGAAAUGCAAUUACGAAGAGCGACGACGUUUCUACCGAAGCCGGACUUGGUAUGCGUGGCUGGCCAGCGGUCAAGGCCGAAGCUGAGAGUCAAGGGUAUGAUCUUACUAAAGUCGUCAAUUGGGACGGUUGGCGUCGCAUCGAUGCUGUUGAGAAAGAGACAGGGAAAGGAAGAGGUAAGCCUCGAGAGAAGUUUGGCACGGUGUCCGAGAUGGCGAAUGUUGCUAGUGUUCCAAUUUAA